UAAUUUUGGAACGCGGUAUAGCAACCAAGGUUGAAUUUUGGAACGCAGCCCUGAACGCCAUCAAACAUCGAUGCGUCAAACGGCUGACCAAUUCCUUUUGAGAAGAGGUGCACGUUGAAGUUGUCAAAAUGUUGAUGCCAAAAAAAAAUCGUGUGGCUAUCUACGAGUACCUUUUUAAGGAGGGGGUUAUGGUAGCAAAAAAAGAUUAUCACGCAUCAAAACAUCCAGAACUGGAAAAUAUUCCUAAUCUUCAAGUAAUUAAAGCUAUGCAGUCUUUGAAGUCUAGAGGGUAUGUAAAGGAGCAAUUUGCAUGGAGACAUUUCUAUUGGUAUCUUACAAACGAUGGUAUUGAAUAUUUACGUGGAUACCUACACUUGCCCCCUGAAAUUGUACCUUCCACCCUUAAAAAACAACCAAGAUCCGAAACUACAAGACCAAGACCAGCUACAACUAGGAGCGAAGGGUCGAGACCAACAGAAGAUCGCGCGGGAUACAGACGAGGACCAGGUGGUCCCCCAGGUACUGGUGAUAAGAAGGCUGAUGUUGGUGCAGGUACCGGUGAUCUUGAGUUCCGUGGUGGCUUUGGUCGUGGAAAAGCUCUUCAAUAA